GGUAAUAUAAAUAUAUAUAUCACGUAUUUGUUACGGGAAAAAACAAUAUUCUUAAUAAUCAAGUCAUAAUACGACGUCGAUCUGUUAUAACCUAAAUACAACAACCAUCGGUUGGAAAACGAGAGAAAGCGCACUAGGGUUUCAAUUCAAGGUAAAGCAUUUUUACUGUCUCGCUCAUAAAGUCAUAAUUGUUUGAAUUCGUUCAUAAAUUGCUGAAAUUUGUUCAUAAUUCCGUUGUUGGAUUCCUGUAAUUUUCCUCAAUCGUUCACAAACUCCGUUAUUGGAUUCCUGUACUUUAUUCCAUCGUUCAUAGAUUCCGUUGUUGGAUUCCUGUAAUUAAGCAUGGAGGGUAAAUCUGGGCUAAAGGCGUUGUCGAAUAGAAUGAAAUCAAAAGGUUUACAAAAGUUAAUGCAUUAUUGUGAGAUGUGUCAAAAGCAAUGUAGGGACGAUAACGGGUUUAAAUGCCAUUGUAUGAGUGAGGGUCACUUGCGCCAGAUGCAGAUUUUUGGUGAAAACCCUAACAAGUUCAUUGAAAAGUUCUCCCAGGAAUUUGAGGAUGCUUUUUUAGAACUUAUGAAACGCAGCCAUAGAUUCAGCCGUGUCGCCGCCACCGUAGUUUACAACGAGUAUAUAUCUGAUCGCAAACAUGUUCAUAUGAACUCCACUAAAUGGCUGACAUUGACUGAAUUUGUGACGCAUUUGGGUAGAACAGGGAAGUGUAGGGUGGAGAACACUGAAAAGGGGUUAUUUCUGACUUACCAUGGUAGGGAUUCUGAGAGUCUGUUUUAUGAGAGGAGGAAGAAUAAGCGGUUGAAGUCUGUGUUGGUGGAGGAAGUUAAACAAGAGAACGAGAUUGCGAAACAGAUUGAGCGAGCAGCGGCUUCUGUUGGUGUUCCUAUGGAGAUUGAAGUUAGAACUCUGCUUGGUUCAGAACCUGAGAUUGGGAAGAACAAGAACAAGAAGAUUUCAUUUGCAUUGGGGUUCGGCUCUUCAUCAGCAACUGCUACCAGUCUUAAGCCAAGAGAAGACAGCUCUAAGUCAUUUGGGGUUGAGGAUGUUCAGAAUGUUGACCUGUGUUUGUCGAAAAAGAAGACAAUUGGUGAUUUUGGUGGUGGUGGUGGUUGUGUGCGAGAGAGAUCAUCAGUUUUGGAUGAUUUGAUGAGGGAGGAAGAGGACGCGAAAGAGAGAAAGAACAGAAAAUCGUACUGGUUGUGUGAGGAGAUUGUUGUCAAGGUAACGAGUAAAGCUUGGGCUGAAAAGGGAUGUUAUAACAAGAAAGGGGUUGUGAGGAAGGUAGUAGAUAAGUACAUUGGAGAAAUUGAGAUGCUAGAAAGGAAAGAUCUGAUUCAGAUACAUCAGGAUGACUUACAGACUGUGCUUCCUGGUAUUGGAGGUCUGAUUAGGAUUGUUAAUGGUUCAUAUCGUGGAUUUAAUGCAAGGUUGCUUGCCAUUGAUACACAUAACUUUUGUGCCAAGGUGCAACUGGAAAAGUGCGUUUAUGAAGGUCGAGUACUUCCAAAGGUGGCAUAUGAGGAUAUCUGCAAAUUGGAGUAAAGUAUGUAUUUGUAAUUUCGUACUGUAAAGUUUCUAGUGUUCCAUAAUACAGGAAACAAGACAUUGUGUUAUAGUCUGACAACUCACAAAGUCACAAAAUAGUUCUACAUUCUGCUGAAGAAUACAGUAAGGUUGUAGCUCUUUUAGGGGCAAUAAUAAGCUGAAGGUGUGCUUGCAUGGUAAUCUCUGAACACAGCAAGAUUCCCUUUGCGUGAGAAAACCACCUGCAUCGCACAAAAUGAUUGAUGGUUAGUUACUUAACUUCAACUGCUCCAAUCAAAACAGGGGUAUAUGCUCCAAUCAAAACAGGGGUAUAAGAGAAGAUGCAGAAGAUUCAUAAUUGUACCUGGAAAUUCCCAAGUAAUCGCAUUUUGAAUCCAGCAGCACAGUAAUCAAAAUAGUAUUCCCAUGUUCUAAUGAACUUCUCGUCGAAUCCAAGAGAAAGGAGUUUGCUGGAAUGCAGAAAUAAUACAAGUAGUAAGCAUCAAAAACUUGCUUGUUAAAAUGGCAAGUAUCUGUUUGUGAUCGACUGACUAACCUCUGAUUCUCCAGAAAGGAUUUUCGCCAGUAUCUUAAAGUUUGACAGUAGUGAGGUCCAAUGUUUUCGAUAUGUUCCACACUGUAAGAAAACAAGUUAAAGAGUAGAAUCUCCAAUAAAUUUAUGCUUAUGAUUAUAUUGCUGCUA